GUGCCAUGUAUUUAUACUGUUUUCUACCUAAUCUGGUACUUCCUCCCCAUUUCCUCCCUCAUGUCAGCAUGCCGAGACAUGCCGCAUCACCAGAAUAUCGCAACAGGAAGGCUGUACCAACUAGAAGACAGAGACCUUCUGCCGACUGGCAUCACAACAGCAUACGCAGUCGCGAGAAGAGGGACACAGCACUGCCAUCCUACCCCAGAUAUCAGUUUCAUGACAUAACGUUCUUGCUUUUGACCACAAGCUGUACCACAAAAACAGCGAGCACUAGGAGCAGCAGCCAGCUGGGAGAUGGCGCCUUCCCGCCCAUUGUCCUGGCCUCAAGGCCAUCUUGAAGAGGACUUUGACCUACCACCGUCUUACGAAUCCGUGCUGAAUGCAGACUUUGGUGAAUCGCCAGCGCUAGCGCUGGUGCAACAUCGAGAUGCGCCUCUCCCGCCUCUACCACCCGCCGAGCCGAACCCAUCCGAGCCGGCACCAUCACAGCCGACACCUCCCCAGCCGGCAUUACCUGAUUUGAGUGAACCAAUCACUUACCCGCCAAGUCCUCGCCCGCGACUUGAUCGUCGGGCCGAUGCAGCCAACAGCCGACAGUCAACACCUUCCCAGUCGGCAUUACUUGAUUCGAGUAAACCAGUCAUACGCCCGCCGAUUUCCCGCCCCCGACGCGAUCGUCAGGCCGAAUCAGCCAAUCGUGAAACUCCCCGGCCUCCGCCAAUCCAUCCUCGUCGACGUAGCACGCGAAGCCCACAAAUACCCGAACCUAUUCGUGAGCGACGGCGGAGGCGAAGUGCCCGCCCUACGCAACGAUCUAUCACCGAGCCCAUAUCCCAGACAGCCCCCGCCAAUCCUGGCAGAUCCAGCGCAGUGCCACAACUUUCGACCUUUGCAUCUCAGCCUGACCUGCCCUCACCUCUUCUGCGUACCUCCACUGAGCUCCUACUUCGCGCCCGAAAACGCCAAUCCAGUUUUUUCGCGUCCAAGUCCAAGACGGGACGGGAGCUUCGUGAGGCCAUCAAGGAGAUCAUUCCGCAGCUUAUCGACGGAGAAGAAGGUGUGCUAACCGUACUGAAAGAUGCGUGCCAGUGUACCGGCGGUAAACUUGAUCUUGGCAGUGUCUUGAGAGACCGGACUGGAAAGGUCCGCGUCGGUAGUCUCAGCAAGAAUGCUUCUACCGCGUCGUUGAGAAGAGACGAUUCAAAUCGGUGCUUGCUAUUCGCUGCUGUGAAGAAUGUAAGUGGCGGUGGGAUCUUGAGGGUUUUGCUCUCGUAUGCAGCCCCUAUACCCCUUAAUUCACCCACCAUGGAAGAUAUCAGGCUUGCUUGUCUCCUUCGUGGAGAGGGCAAUGCCUUCUUUCAGAAAAUUCGUGGGUGGAUAGGGUUAAAGCCGCUAGUCAAUGUCAUUGAAGAAGGCGAUGCAGAGGGUUUCCGAGCUCAGUUCGAUUGGGACGGUCAAAAUGUCGAAUUCAUUGCGCGAGGCCGGAUUUGGUCUAUCUCAUACCAGAGUCAACCAGUACCCAGGGUGGUCCUGUCGCUCUUAUCAGAAUCCCCGCCGACGUGGGUCGAUGCUCGUCUUGUCACUCCCAAGACAGAAAUAUUGCUGCGGUCAACAACACAGCUAAUCCCUGACCGUUGUCGUCGUGGUAAGGAUCUGAGUGUUCCGUGGACGGGCAAUCUUGGCCGAGGGAGAUGUCAAAUGGAGGCGAAGCUGGAAAAGCCUCGGGACGAUGGAUGGUGUGUCGUAUGCUAGCCGCGACUGAACUCAAAUCGCGAUGGACGUAAUAUUAAACCGGUUACAGACUUGAUUGAACUUUCACUUUUUGUUCAUCUGCCAGGUUCGUCGUACACUCCCGCGGGUCACAACGACCCACGAGGUAUACUCGUUCUGACGGAGUCUUUCAAAUUAUGGACUAGUAGGGCGAGCGUUACAGAAGUACAAAUUGUUCUAUAGCAAUACCGUGAUCAAGGGAUCUUUAUGAGAAGCGUACAUAUAUUAUUGGUCGUAACAGAACGUAGGCAACUGUUCAUAUCCCCCGCCUAGGAAAUAUCAGGUAAGAGUUAGGAAUGGUGUUGGCCAUGGGCAUCCUGUAGGACAAGUCCGGAGUUCCAGCGCAAA